CACGUGUUCUCCGGUUCCAGAUGUAGGCAGGCGCCGAGGGAGACACGCCUUUCGCCGCCCACCCGCCAACCAUAUGGAAUAACCCUAUAAAUUCGGAAGUUUCGGAGCUGCCGCGUACUCCGCCACGAAACGUACCGCUGCUCCUCCUUCCCUCCUUCCCCCUUUCCCUUCCUCCCCGGAGACGCCCAUGGCGGUAAAAUCGCCGCUCUCCUCCGCUUCUUUGCUUCAAAUUCACCGCCACUCCGUCCCCCGAUCCCUACGCUCCCGAUCUCUUCUCUCUCCGAGGUCUUUGAAACUCGGGAUCUCGAGCGAUGCGCCGAGGCCUCUUGCUGUCCGCGCUUGCGCCGCUAGCUCGAGCUCCGACGGGGCUGCUUCGAACGGCUCGGUGGAGAUGGCGGACGGAGCUGCUGCGUUGUCGAUCUCGUCUUCUUCUGCUUCCUCCGCCAUCGAUUUCCUCACGCUGUGUCAUCGCCUCAAGGCUACAAAGAGAAAGGGAUGGAUCAACCAUGGUAUAAAGGGUCCUGAGUCUAUUGCUGAUCACAUGUACCGCAUGGCGUUGAUGGCUCUGAUUGCUGGUGACCUUCCUGGUGUAAACAGGGAAAGGUCUAUUAAGAUUGCAAUUGUGCACAAUAUUGCUGAAGCUAUUGUUGGUGAUAUCACACCGUCUGAUGGUGUGCCUAAAGCAGAAAAGAGUAGGCGUGAACAGAAAGCUUUAAAUGAAAUGUGUGAAAUCCUUGGUGGAGGAUUGAGGGCUGAUGAGAUAAAGGAACUUUGGGCAGAGUAUGAGAACAAUGCGUCCAUUGAAGCAAGACUUGUGAAGGAUUUUGAUAAAGUGGAAAUGAUUCUCCAGGCUUUGGAAUAUGAAAUGGAACAUGGGAAGGUCUUGGAUGAGUUCUUUCUUUCCACGGCAGGCAAAUUUCAAACAGAUGUUGGGAAAAGUUGGGCAGCUGAAGUGAUACUGAGGAGAAAUAAGAGGCUAGGAAAACAGGCUAAUUCCUCAAGCACAGAUGAUUGUCAAGGAAACUAAGCUUCCAAGUCUUGCAUUCUGGUAGCUCAUCCACCAAAGAAGAAUAAUACAGUCCAUUGGUCGUGCACCAAACUGCAAGCUGUAUAUGGCCAGCCCAGAUGCCACUCAUACCAGACUGCUGAAAGGAAUGUUGCUAUCUUUGGGAAAAUCAAAACUUAUACCAAGCACAGGGACCAGAUAUAGGGAGGACAUCUUGAUAUGCCCGUAGCUGAUUUAUUUUUUUUCAUUUCUCAAUUGAUCAUCAGUUUUGUCGUUUUAGGUUCCGGAAGAAUAGUAUAUUCACAAAAUGUCUGUCGCUUGUGAGUGGUAGGAAAAAGAAGUCCCAAUAUAAAUUCUUUGCUAUACUUUUGUUCCAAGCUAUGCAUCUCUGACUCAAUAUUGACCUUGGUAUUUAUUUUA